CACGAUCAAACCGUGCAGGGGCCAGCCGAACCAGUCCUCACCUGCAUGUGCUUUCGCGACCGUGCGCAGCGCCGCCGCCGACAGCAGCAGAUCAGGUCCAACUCAUUACAUUUCCUGGCUCCGUUCAUCCGCCCUGUAUACUGAGCUUUGGAGAACUGCAGUCAAACUGAACAAGUGAUGGCAGAUGCCGAGGAGUUUUGGGGAGAGGAGGAGGUUGCUGGCCGUGAGCAGGCACAGGGGGAGGAAGACGACGAGACUGGCGAGAGGCCGCAUCCCAGGCGAUUUUCAUUUGGAAUACUGGGAAAGAGGAUGGCCCUAGUGGCUCAAGGCGUCGGUGAUUCGUUAGCCAGAACCGCAGCUGCGGUUGGGGAAGUCAUCGUCGACUCCGACCUGCGGAGCAAGUCGGCCGCGCUGCUGGCCGAGAGCGUCGGCAAGGCGGCGGCGGGCGUCGGCAAAGGCCUGCAGCAGGGGGCGGGGCGCAUCGCCGCCGGCCCACGCACCGUGCAGGGCAUCCUGCAGAAGCUGCAGCAUCGAAUUGAGGAGCAGCGGAUGCACUCGCUGCUGCAGGAGCAGCAGGACACGCCCGUGGAUGUGCAGGUGGCGUUCCAGCUGUACGAGGAUGCGCCGCAGGAGCUGCGCUCGCGCCUCUGGAUGGCGGUGCUGGAGCACCCCGAGCUCUGCAAGGAGUACCAGGCAGACGCUGGCAGCAGCACUGCAGCAUCAGAGGUAUCAGGUGGAUGGCAGCACAACGGGGGCGUGGGCCAGGAGGACAUUGAUGAGGUGAUCAGCCGCGAUAUCCACCGCACCUUUCCAGAGUAUCCGCUCUUCGCCUUUGAGCAGGCGUACGCAUUGCACGAUAUGGAGGCGGCUUACUGCCAGGGCAUGGCAUUUGUGGCGGGGCUGUUGCUCUUCUAUGUGCCGGAGGAGCCCGCAUUUCAGCUCUUCUGCCGCCUGCUGAGCACCAGCGGGCCCAACCUGCGUCGUCUGUAUCUGCCAGGGCUGGAGGGCUUGAAAGCAGAGCUCAGGAAGCUCGAAUUUUUAGCAGAGCGCUUCCUACCCAAUCUGACUGCUCACCUGAAUGCGGCUGGGGUGGUACCCGUGCUGUUUGCCUCCCAGUGGCUGCUCACCUGCUACUCCUGCCCCUUCCCAGUGGGCUUCGCUUGCCGCCUGAUUGACGUGAUGCUUCAGGCGAGCAGCGCAGGCUUUGGGUGUGCUGGUUAUGUACAAGCAGCUGGUGUUUCCUAA